ACACAUAGAUCUAGAGAGAGAGAGAGAGACAGAGAGAUGGAGAGUCCAAACUACGAAGCAGCAAUAGGAUUUAUGGAGAGAGCAGGGAUGGGUGGGAUUGUGGGAGCAGAAUACAACGUUAAUGACUCCUUCUCCACAGUGGUGGGAGGAGCUCUUAAGCUUGUCUCAACGGAAAGGGCCAAAAUCUGUUGCAUUCUCCACGUCAAACCUCCUAUUCUGAAUGCUAACGGCAUACUGUUUGGAGGCGCGGUGGCGGCCGUGGCUGAGAGGGUGGCGAUAGGUUGUGCUGCAACUAUUCUCGGUCACUCACAACUCUGCGUCGGAGAAUUCACCAUCUCUUAUCUCGCACCUGCUCCCCCUAAUGCCGAAAUAAUCGUUAAUGCAUCGGUGAUAAAUGGCGGGAGGAAUGUAGCAGUGGUUGCACUUGAUUUCCGCCUCAAGGAAUCACAGCGGCUGGCUUAUGUGAGCCGCGUCACAUUGUAUAAAAUCCCACUUUCAAAUCUUUGAAUAUUCAUUUAUGUGCUAAAUGUAGCAUUAAUGUUUCAUUA